AUGGAGAAUUACGACAAAGUGCUCAUUCUUGGCAGAGGAGGAGCAGGUGUUGUGUUGUUGAUGAAACAUGUGGAUACAAAUAAAUUAUAUGCUGUCAAGAGAAUACACGUGGAUAGCUCUCGAAAAACAAAGAGCAAAGAUGUCGUGCUGCAGGAGGCGGAAAUUCUGAGGAGCUUGAAGCACCCUCAUAUUAUAUCAUGGAUUGACACUUUCUUUGACUCAACAAAUGACCAUAUUUACAUUGUCAUGGAUUACUGUGAUGGAGGAACACUUGAUGACCACAUCAAAGAGCAAAAGAAUGGGGGAUACUUUGCAGAAUGCAAGAUCAUGCGCUGGUUUGUGCAAGUCGUCAUGGCUGUUAGUUACAUGCACAAUGCAAAAAUCCUUCACAGAGAUCUCAAGCCAUCCAAUGUGCUGUUGACCAAGAGAGGUGUGAUUAAACUCGGAGAUUUUGGAAUAUCAAAGAUUAUGAACCACACGCUUGACAUGGCCUCUACCUGUGUGGGAACCCCCACUUAUCUGAGUCCUGAACUCUGUCAAGAUGUUCCAUACAGCAUCAAAUCUGACAUAUGGGCGCUUGGCUGUCUGCUGUAUGAACUCUGCGCCCUCAAACCCGCAUUUGAAGCUAAAAAUCUCCUCAGUCUGUUUUACAGGAUCAUAAAAGGGGAGUACACCAAGGUCCCAGAGAGGUAUUCAGAUGACAUGCAUGCGUUAAUUGAAAAAAUGCUGUCCUUGGUUCCAGAGAACAGACCAAGUGCAAGCAGCACUCUUAGCCUGGCUUAUGUGCAAGAACAUCUGGGAAACUUCAUCGCGCAUCAGAAGGAACUGACAAAGGUUAAUGCUGAAUCCAGACAUCAAACAAAAGAAGGCUGUAACAAUGAAAUGUCAUCCAUGGAAAGCGGAACAGACGGUUUCUUUGCUGUCUCUGACAUUACACAGGGAACAGAGACAGAAGAUAAAGCAUCACACAGUGCUGACGAGGAAGUGGUCCAUGAAGAAACAGAGUCUGAUUAUUCAGAGGACUUUGAUGAAGAUGAUAGCUUUUCAUCCUCUGAGAGUGUUUCGAGGGAUGGUGUGUCCAACCUAGCAAAUGUAGUUGAAGAGGCGUUUGAGGUAUCUAGUGUUGUGUCUCACGAUGAGGACAUCUCUGACUAUCCGGAUGACUUUGAAGAAGCUGAGGAUGAUGACGUGGCUGAAGUUGUCAGCUCUGCCAUUGAAAUCAUGAAUUAUGUCUCAGAAAACGACUGUUUUGAUGUGGAACUGCCGGAGCUCAAAGAGGCUGAUGGCUUCUCAGUCACAAUGAAAAUGUUGAGAGAGAAAUACAUGGAAGACGUUGGAGUCUCAGUUUAUGAGGAAAUGAGUGAGCACUUUCUGAAUGGCCUUACACCAGAGGAUCUACAGCCACAGUUUCAGCACAGGAUCGGGACAGACCAUCUAGAGACCUGCUAUCUUAUAUUCAAUCUUGACCAGGAAACUACAUGCUGAGUCACAUCUCAGAAAAUGCUGGAAUUGUAAUGUAUUGAUUAUUUAAAAAAAGCUACAAAUAGUAAUAUAUUUAAACACACAGAACAUACCUGGGAUUAUGAAACAAUAAAUUGCUGUUAUAGAUAUAUCCCAUCACUAUAAAAGAACUAAAGUAAGAAUUUUAAUGUAUGCGUAAGGUGUUUAUUUGGCACUUUGUCGAAAUGUUUUUUUGUAUUACCAGUAGGUGUCACUCUACAGUCAGAAAAUGAGACUGUUCAGAAAAUUACCCUAUUCCAGUUUUCCAUCAGCACCACAUCAUCAUGAGGACUGAUGUAAGAACUUCUGCUUCUUAAAAUCACAAAAUAUUAAAUACAGUUAUUAUAUCAACUCUACCCAUUCAGCUGCCUUUGAAAAGAAACUAACCCGGUCUGUUUCAUUAUUUUCCAUUCAUUCUCUCAACAUAUCCAUUAACAAUGCUUGUAAGUGUGGGAGCAGUUGAAAAUAUAAUGUGAACAUGCGGGCUGAAUUUCCUGCUAUGCUGUUAGUCUUGCAUUCAAAUGUAAAACAGAAACCUGAAGACAUUUACUGAAUUCGUAAGUGUAUGGGACACAGCUGCAGUUCUAUUCCACAGGUUUUGCCGCUGUCCAGAUUAUUCCAAAAGGAAAUUGGUCAUCUUGAUAGAGAAACCGCCAUGCAUAUCUGCAAACAUGGUCCUUAUUUUAUAUUUUAUUUCCAUUAUGAAUGUUCAUAGUCUGCCACCAGACAAAAGUGUUUAGUAUUCAUCAUGCAUCAUUUGUACUGAAGCAUCACUUAUCCAGUAAAUUGUCAAUGGAAACAAAGGAAACUGUAGCUAGUGGCAACAGCUCUGCCCCAUUACAGACAAUAGUUCUCACGACUCACGGGGCAGAUCUUUCCACAGAAAACAGUUGGCUAUAGAUCAAUCUGGUUAUAGUAUCCACGUUCUGUUGGAUAUCUCUGUAAACUUGAAAAGAAAGACUCACAGAAAAUUGUGUCAGUCUUAAAUGUGCAACAUUUUGCAUUUUUAUCAAGCUUCUAUAGUGUAAUUAUGGAAAAUAAAUAAAUCCAACUCCAGAAACCCAACUGGCCUUGGGUAUAAAAUUUGAUGUUUUUAUACUGUAGAUG